UCAGCUUACCACGUGUAGCAGGAAGGAGCAGUUGUAAACAUUCCUCUGGACAACAAAGCUACAACGGUAAAAGUUGUAAAGUAAGGUGACCUUUCCUUUUAUUGACACGUGUCACCUAUUUAGGCACCUCUCCUGCAUAAGAAUUCAGCUGAAAGGGCCCAAAAGGUGAAAUGGAAACACGAAUUAUCUGUAACGCUGGCAUUUAAUGGCGUUGCUAGCUACAUUGUAAUUGUUGGGUAGACCAACAAGUCCAAAUAGGGUACAAAGAAAAUACAAGUGCCUCUCAGAUCAGAUGUCUUCCUCCUCCUCCACUACCUCUGCUGUCCUCCUAAAUACGGGGGUUCAGAUGCCCCUCCUGGGUUUGGGGACCUACAAGUUGGUGGCUUCUGAAGAUGUCUACCGGGCUGUGGACGCAGCGCUGGUUGCUGGUUAUCGGGCCUUUGACAGUGCAGCCGUCUACCGGAAUGAAGCUGACCUGGGCCAAGCCCUGAAGCAGCUCCUGCCCAAACAUGGCUUAACCAGAGAGGAUGUAUUCAUAACCAGUAAGUUGGGCCCUGAGGAUCAGGGUGAGAGAGCCAUGGAAGGAGCCCUCCGCAGCCUGGCUCAGCUGGACUUGGGUUACAUUGACCUGUACCUGAUCCACUGGCCUGGCACACAGGGUCUGGUAGUGGCUGACCAACGCAACCCAGGCAACCGAGCUCAGAGUUGGGUCAUGCUGGAGGAGCUGCAUGCCCAGGGGAAGCUGAAGGCCAUAGGAGUGUCCAACUACACACCAGCACACAUGAGAGAACUGAUACAGAGCUGCAAAGUCCCUCCUGCGGUGCUACAGGUAGAGUUUCACCCGAGGCUGUGCCAGACGGAGCUGAGGAGUGUGUGUGAGGAGUAUGGAGUGUGUUUCCAAGCGUACUCCUCCUUAGGGAAAGGAGAGCUGGUCACUGAUCCUGUGGUGAUGGAGGUGGCAAAGCACUGUGAACGCACACCUGCACAGGUCCUGUUGCGCUGGGCUGUGCAGCAGGGCGUCCCAGUUCUCCCCAAAUCUUCAAAUCCAGACAGAAUAAAGGACAAUGCCAGACUUUUUGACUUCACACUGAGUGACACAGACAUGGACAGACUGUCAGCUUUGGAUUGUGGGCACAAGUACUGCCGGGAUUCAUCAGAAGUGGCUUAAUAGACCACUAGUGGAACACACAUUAUCUUCCAUGAUGCCUCUUUAAUGCUGCUGUUCUUUUGCUCUGACUGGCAGUGAUGCAGUGGUGGGAAACCACCACUAGAAAGUUACCUUACAAAUUCACUGGGUGAACGUAUUGAUUUAGAUAAAUGUAUGUACUGAGGUAUCUGAGAGUUCAAGUAAUAUUUGCCCAUAGGUUUUCCUGUUUAUUGUGACAGAUAUGCCAUGAAACACAGAGGCUUGUCAUGCAGUACCUAUAGGUAAAUGUUGUGCUGUUCUAUAUACUUGUUGCAUCCUUGUUCUUUACUAAUACCCUUACAAUGCAAUAUUAUGGCUUUUGUAUUCUAGCUCUCCCAUUUAAAUUGUCUAUGAAUUAACAUACAUUUGCACUGAACAGAAUAUUUAGAAAUUUGAAGAAUUACACAAGAGACUCUCUUCAAAACCACUCUUAAAAGUAUUUAUUCAGCACAGCAUAUACCAGAAGUUUCACAGCUGUAGAGACAAUUUACAAAAGUCAUUUAAAAAAAUUAAAAAGGAAUCCAACAAGAAAAAAAAGAAUUUAUUAGAAUUACAUUUUCUCCACACACAUCUCCAGAUUCAAGUAAUAUCACGGAUGGUUGUAAAACGCCAGGUGCACAGACAGGUUUUUUCCUCUGGGGUGUGUUCAAUGCCACAAAUGUUUCAAGUCAAAACCUUAACAUGACUUUCUUUUUCUGAAAUGGCUUUUCCAGCGUUAGCCAUUAUAUUUUUCUCACAGUUGUGACAGCAAACGCACCACCAUUGUGCUUUUUUUCUUAAGCGUAAUAGGUGACUGUAAAGUUUAAGGCGGUAAUUGGGUAAACAGACAAGACUGGUUAUGUGGUGUCACAUCACAGGUUACAGCAUGUUCAAGGCAGUUCAUGACAAUAUUGUAUUUUUAAAAUUCCAUAUUCAUAUUUGGCCCCAAGCUCUAAACACCAUGUACAUAUUUGCUGCAAGCUGAUUCAACUGUACUAAUUGUGUCAAAGUACAGGUCUAUUAGGAGUGACUUAUUAUAAUGUAAAACGCUAACUAACUUUGUUUUGACGGCACAAUUACACACUCCUGGUUUCCCUGUUAGUGUGAUUGAGAAAUCUGAUCUAAAACAGUGGAGUCACUUUUUUUGAGUAAGUAGCUUAGAUGUAACGGCAUAGUCUGAACUGUAGCUUCAUACCGGAUACUUAUUCAAUUUAAAGGGUCGCCCACAUGUUUCAGUGAAUUGGUCUUACACAGUUAGGGGUUGCAUGUUACCAAACAUAUGGUAGACUUGGAUGAAUCUUCAAAAAAAGGUGGUGCUAUUCAGAUUGCCUACAAUUCUCUGACUAAAAAAUGCUUGAAAAAGGUGGAGAAACAUUUGAGUGUAAAGACAAUAGAAAUGCAGCCCCUUAGCUCCAUGCCUUAGCGCCCCACCCCUACACUUCACAUCUCAACCCUACAAGUGUAGAGGAAGAAACAAGUAGAACAAACCUAUUACCAUUUUCAAUAAUCACAUAUUGAUAAACAAGUUACAAAUAGCCUAAUCAUAUUUACCAAGCUGUGUAGAAGUGCUUAUCAUAAUUUAUAAUCAUUGAUAAUAAAAUCUCCCCUAAAUUUCAUAUUGUGUGUGCCAAGUAGUCCUUAAAAGCCUGAAUAUAAUACAUAAAAAGCAAAUCUAGCAUCUGAUCAUCACUCCUAGACCUGAGGCUUGACCAAUUUAAGAUCCCAUUUUAUUCACAUCCUAAAAUGAACAACCCACAUUUAAACUCACUGUUUUAUCAACCCUAACAGGCCUGGAAACUGAUUUUCCUAAACAAUGUCAAGUAUCCCUUCCACUUGUGUUUAACUGUGACUACGAUCUCUAAGUCAGUCGUCUAUAUGCACUGGGUACUAAAUAAAUGGCCCCAAGCUAUUGUGUUG